CAGUAAGUCAAUAGCCAUUGUUUACUACAGUCUGACUACAGUUGAAUCGGUUUGCUUCAUCUCGAGACGUAAUCCUGGUAGAUGAUGUACGGAUAUCUGUCUAGAAGAAUUUAUUCACGGUUUAGAAACUGGACAUUUCCAAGCGAAGUAGGUAAAAUGUGCUAUGAAGAUCUUCAAUGUGAAGAAGCAUGUUGUCAUGAUCUAGAGUUUGGAAUGCCAUAUUGUUGCUCUAAAUAUCUUGGUUUUAUUUACCUUGGACUGAUGGUUGGCGGUGGUGUCAUCAUCGCUGUGCUUGUCAUCGCAUGUUAUAUGUGCCUAACAAAAACAGAGAGAGAGCUGGAAGCCGCUGCAAAAUUGGAACGCGCAAAAGCCUCUAAUGCUCGAUGUAACGUUCAACAACUUAAUGAUCACAACGAUAGGACACCAACCAUCAACUUGAAUCUUCCUCCACCAGCUUACAAUGAUGUCUUGCAAACGUUGUCUAGGUUUUAUGGAAGUGAGGCUGGAGUAUCAGCUCGUGAAAUAAGAUCCGACACUGCUGAUCAACACAGUCAGGGCUUUAGUUCACAACCUAUGCUUCAGUCUAUGGUAGAUAUUCCUGCUUUAAUUGCUCGCCAUCGCCUGCAGCAUUCGGAGUUUCAACACAGUUGCUUACCCCCCAUGUCGUCUCCAACUGCACUGGAGAAUAAACUACCUACUUAUGAAGAAUGUACAGCGAUAGUUGGCAACCAUUCACCGCUAGCUACUCUGUUUGAAGACAACGGAUGUGAUAGAUCAAUUUACCAUAAGCAUGAUGACAAUGCUGGGAAUUCAUCUGGCAGCAAUAAAUUCUCCUCUAUUCACGAUGCUCAUUUUCUAGACAUUACAGAAACUAUGCGGUCAGCAUGUAGCUCAACAGACGCUGGUUUUGUUCAUCAAAACGUGUCUAACGAAAACCAACUGCCAUGUAACUCUAGGUCCAAAACUUAUGAUGUGCAGUACACCAUUACAUGUGAUGCAGAAAACGAUGAUGUACACGACUCCAUUACAAAAAAUGCAGAACACGCUGGUGUAAGUGACACAAUUACAAAUAACUUAGAAAACAAUGGUGUACAAGACACCAUUACACAUGAAACAGAAAACGAUUUUUUACAACAACCCCUUACAGUUAUUAAAGGAAAUGAAACAGUACAACAAACUAAUACAUGCGGUACGAAUAAACAAAUAAUUUCAUUAAAUAACAGCCACUAUUUAGCUAAUCAUCUAUUUAUCAGCGAAGUAGACAACAGUCAAACUGUUCUAAGUGAGUCCUGCGAUAAUGGAAUAAUCAUUCAGGCACGUGCCAAUGAGAUACGUUUAACUGAGACAGAUAUUUUUACGAACACAUUCAAGACACUUGAAACGCCCAAGAGUAUUGUACUUAGCACACCAGCUGAAUCUGACAGUUAAGUGACUGGUAGCUUGGAAAACAACAGCUUUCUUGCAUCGCUCAAAUAGAGUUCGAACCUGAGUUCAUUUUCUUAUCAAAAGUCAGAUCCAAGCAUGCUUAAAUAGAGAACGCAUGUCGUUCUUCUAAGUGUGUCAAGUGAAAUUGUAUUUUAAAUUUUUAGUGUAUGCCUAAUUCGAUUCAUUUAGCAAAAUUUACUUUAAAAUUCAUUUUGGGGGCAAUGAGAAAAAUCUUUGUACAUGUUAUAGAUUUGAAUAUAUUUUUUGUGUCGGAAAUAUUAACCAAAAUGAAAUAAAACC